CUAGAUUACAACUUACUGUGCGCCGCAUAUCACAUUAUACUGCCUACUUCCUUCCUUAAUUCUAAUAGGAGGUUCUUUAAAGUCGCACAAUGCCGAAGUCUUUACAGAAGGUCCAUAAGCAUAUCGCUAAAAAGCGAGGGGUAGUUGACGCACUCCAUGAGAACAGCAGAGAUGCGAAGAGAUUGCGCCGCGCAGGCAUUAGAGACGAUCGGGUUGCUCGUGUCUCUGCCACCCUGGCCCGCGGACGGCAGUCAUACAUUGACCGGAUCGUAUACUUCCACGAGAAUGUCCCGGAGGAUGCAGGCGUUUUCUCGGAUAGUGACAUGAUGAAUUUAAUUGUUAGAUACAUCAACCGAAGCGUUCCUGAGAUCGAGCAAUUACAGAGCGAGCGGCGGAAAGGUCGACCCCCAAGCAAACGGGAGGAGAAUCUCCUACAGCGAACAGACGCAGAGAAUAAGGAGUUUAAGACCGGUUUCUGGCUGCCCGAUCUUGGUCAGGAAGAUGUACUCAAGGCUCUUGCCUCAUGGAACGGAGAUUGGUCCGGACUCAGCAGCAUGAAGUUCAUUCGCUUGACCAAGGAUGGUGGGAAGCAGUCUUCGGCUUUUCCUCCUAAAGGGAUGUCGUGAUCUUUUGUUAUGGUUUUGUUUUGGGACCGCAUCGCUCGCAUUGGUUUUGGCACAUAAUGGCGUUGACGACCGUAUAUACCAGCAUCUUGAUGUUCGUUAGUAUGUUUCGAGGUUUGGCUUCAAAAGCACAUUCAACAAAAUCGUCUGCUAUG